GCCAUCAGUCGCCCGCGGCCUCCGACACCUGAUGGACCAGCCGACCUCAAUCGCGUAGCAAAAACCCAAAUCCACGGCGCAUGCGCGAUAUUGAUCAACCCAACAUCCAUUGGUUCCGUAUGUAGGUUAACCGGCUAAAAUUAAAGGUGUAUAAACGCUCCAAAUUCAAGGUUGCAAGUCGCCGGCGCAGCCGAUCCGAAAUAGCUAUGGUGCACGGAAAAUGGAAUAUGUACGCUUGAAUACCGACGUGUUUAAGGUCGAUAUUCGCGUGCGUUCCCCGCCAAUGGCCGACGAAUUAUGUUGACGAGUCACGAGCCGAGUGAAAGAGACAGACGAUUACAAAACGCCUUAUAUGGAGCGGGACGGGCGUAGUACGCGAGAUUCGUCGCGAAACAAAACAAACAAAAACCGAUGUAGGUAAUAGCCGAAUAGGAAUUCAAAUUUCAAAAAUCGAACGCCUAAAAGAACAUAGACUUUGGUGCUAUGGACAUGAUGUGUUAGUAGUAUAGAGGUCGGGUUUGGUGCGCGUGUUUUGUGCGAGUGAGACAGAGAACUGUGAUGCGUCGCCGGCCGCGGCGGAGAAUCGAAAGGCUACUAGAGAAGCAGCCUACAAAGGUGGUCUGACAAAUCCGUUAAGGUAAUACCUAUCAAUGAAUUUGAAGUAAAACUCUAAAGUUUUGGAAUUGGCCAGCGUUCGUCCACAGAGAAUAAAAAUGUACAGGUGACUCUAAGGUCGCCACCUGCAGCAUAAUAGGGAGCCAUACGCCGCGGCGGAAAGACGGGUGCGACACGCACUCGUGAGCUAGAGGGUUGUCGGGCGUGGUGCGGGCGGCGGCCGCGAGCCCGGCACCAUGGCGACGGUGGAGGGGCGGCCGGCGCAAUAUGGCGUCACCCUGCGGCAGCUGCGCGAACUGAUGGAAACGCGCGGCGCCGAGGGCCUGGCCAAGAUAAAUGCGCUCGGUGGUCCUCAGGAGCUGUGCAAAAAGCUGUACACAUCGCCCACAGAUGGUCUUAGCGGUUCGAAAACGGACCUGCAGCAUCGGCGCGAGGUGUUCGGCUCAAACCUUAUCCCGCCAAAGCCUCCCAAAACCUUCCUCACGUUAGUAUGGGAGGCCCUGCAGGACGUGACGCUCAUUAUCCUGGAAGUGGCCGCCGUCGUCUCCCUAGGGUUGAGUUUUUACAAGCCGUCCGAUGACGCGGAAGACCCUGCUCACCUAGACGAGGAGGAGGGCCACUACCAAUGGAUCGAAGGGUUGGCGAUCUUAAUAUCAGUCAUAGUCGUUGUUAUAGUCACAGCGUUUAACGAUUACACGAAAGAGAGGCAAUUCAGAGGGUUACAAUCGCGUAUAGAGGGCGAGCACAAGUUCGCAGUAAUACGGGGCAAUGAAGUUAAACAAGUUCCUAUCAGCGAAAUAGUCGUCGGGGACAUCUGCCAAAUCAAAUAUGGAGACCUGCUGCCUGCCGACGGGAUUCUAUUGCAGAGUAACGACCUUAAGAUCGACGAGUCUUCGCUUACCGGUGAAUCGGACCACGUGAAAAAGGGGGAGGCUUUCGACCCCAUGGUGCUAUCUGGUACUCACGUGAUGGAAGGGUCUGGCAAGAUGCUAGUGACAGCAGUCGGCGUUAACUCCCAAGCCGGCAUCAUCUUCACACUGCUCGGAGCCGCCGUGGAGAAGCAGGAUAAGGAGAUCAAGCAGAUGAAGAAAGAAGCUAAAAAGCAGCAGAGAAAAGGAACGCAACGCAAGAGUCUCCCUGGUGAUGAGGACGUGACGCUGCCCGCAUCGGGCAACAGCCACGGCGCCAACCACGCGCGGCCCGACGACAACCACGUGCCGCCGCCGCCCAGCGACAAGCCGGCCGCCGAGGCCAGCCACAAGAAGGAGAAGUCUGUGCUGCAGGCCAAACUGACCAAACUGGCCAUUCAGAUCGGUUACGCCGGCUCGACCAUCGCCGUGUUGACCGUCAUAAUCCUGGUAACACAAUUCUGUGUCCACAACUUCGUCAUUGAUAAAAAGCCCUGGAGCGCCGUGUACGUGAACAACCUGGUGAAGCACCUCAUCAUCGGAGUCACGGUGCUGGUGGUGGCCGUCCCCGAAGGGCUCCCGCUCGCCGUCACCUUGUCUCUCGCUUACUCUGUCAAGAAAAUGAUGAAGGACAACAAUCUGGUGCGCCAUUUAGACGCCUGCGAAACGAUGGGCAACGCAACAGCGAUCUGUUCGGACAAGACCGGCACGCUGACCACCAACAGGAUGACCGUGGUGCAGUCCUACAUCUGUGAGAAGCUGUGCAAAGUGACCCCCAACUUCAGGGAUAUACCGCAAGAAGUGGGGGAGACCAUGAUCGAGGGCGUUUCUGUUAAUAGCGCGUUUACUUCCAGAAUUAUGCCAUCCCAAGACCCGACCGGGCCGCCCAUGCAAGUGGGCAACAAGACGGAGUGCGCCCUGCUAGGGUUCGUGGUGGGCCUGGGCCAGAGCUACGAGGCGGUGCGCGAGCGCCACCCCGAGGAGUCGUUCACGCGCGUGUACACGUUCAACUCCGUGCGCAAGAGCAUGUCCACCGUCAUACCGUACAAGGGGGGCUACAGGCUCUACACCAAGGGGGCCUCCGAGAUCGUGCUCAAGAAAUGCGCAUUCAUAUACGGCCACGAGGGCCGCCUGGAGAAGUUCACUCGGGACAUGCAGGAGAGGCUGGUGAGGCAGGUCAUUGAACCCAUGGCCUGCGACGGCCUGAGAACCAUAUCCGUCGCUUACAGGGACUUUGUGCCCGGCAAGGCAGAAAUCAACCAGGUGCACAUAGACCAGGAACCAAAUUGGGACGAUGAAGAUAACAUUGUGAAUAAUCUAACGUGCUUGUGCGUCGUUGGUAUCGAGGACCCGGUCAGACCAGAGGUCCCAGAAGCUAUCCGCAAAUGCCAGAAGGCGGGCAUCACGGUGAGGAUGGUGACCGGCGACAACGUCAACACCGCGCGCUCCAUCGCCGUCAAGUGCGGCAUUCUGAAGCCCACCGAUGACUUCCUCAUCCUCGAGGGCAAGGAGUUCAACAGGCGGAUCAGGGAUUCCAAUGGAGAGGUCCAACAACACCUGCUAGACAAAGUGUGGCCGAAGCUCCGCGUGUUAGCGCGGUCGUCGCCCACAGACAAAUACACACUAGUGAAGGGCAUGAUCGAGUCCAAGGCGUUCGACACACGCGAAGUAGUCGCGGUCACCGGCGACGGGACCAACGACGGACCUGCGCUCAAGAAGGCUGACGUUGGAUUCGCUAUGGGCAUAGCCGGCACGGACGUGGCCAAAGAAGCGUCGGACAUAAUCCUAACGGACGACAAUUUCUCGUCGAUCGUGAAGGCGGUGAUGUGGGGCCGCAACGUGUACGACAGCAUCGCCAAGUUCCUGCAGUUCCAGCUCACCGUCAACGUGGUGGCCGUCAUCGUCGCCUUCAUCGGCGCGUGCGCAAUACAGGACAGCCCUCUCAAGGCCGUGCAAAUGUUGUGGGUGAACUUAAUCAUGGACACGCUAGCUUCCUUAGCCCUGGCCACGGAGAUGCCGACGCCGGACCUGCUGCAGCGCAAGCCGUACGGCCGCACCAAGGCGCUCAUCAGCCGCACCAUGAUGAAGAACAUCCUCGGCCAGGCGCUCUACCAGCUCUUCAUUAUCUUCGCUCUCCUCUUCAUUGGCGACGUGUUGCUGAACAUACCGUCGGGCCGCGGGCAGCCGCUGGGCGCGGAGCCGAGCCAGCACUUCACCAUCAUCUUCAACACCUUCGUGAUGAUGACGCUCUUCAACGAGAUCAACGCCCGCAAGAUACACGGACAGCGGAACGUGUUCCAGGGACUCUUCACCAACCCCAUCUUCUACGGCAUCUGGAUCGGCACUGCCUUCUCACAGGUCAUCAUUAUCCAGUUCGGCGGCAUGGCGUUCAGUACAGCGGGACUCUCGCUUGACCAGUGGCUGUGGUGUUUGUUCUUCGGCGCCGGGACCCUGGUCUGGGGUCAGCUGGUCACCACCGUGCCCACGCGCAAGAUUCCCAAGAAUCUCACCUGGGGCCGAGGGCAGGCGGACCACGAGACGAUCCAGCCAGGGCCGGACUAUGACAACGACCUGGACAAGAAGCCGCGCGCCGGACAGAUCCUCUGGAUCCGAGGGCUCACGCGGCUGCAGACCCAGGUCAUAGGUGGCGAGUUACAAGAACGCUUGAUACCGGUUCCGUACAGCAAGACUUCCACGGACCAAGCUAUUCGCGUGGUGAACGCGUUCCGACAGGGGCUGGACUCGCGCGGGUCGCUGGCGGACGCGGCGCUGGCCGAGGCGCUGAGGAAGCAGACGGCGCUCUCCAAGCGGUUCUCGCACUCGUCCUCCAUCGACUACGCCGACGCGGCGCGCGACACCCUCGCGCCCCACGACAUCGACGUCGAGCGUCUCUCCAGCCACAGCCACACCGAGACCGCCGUCUAACACCGAUCCCCAACCAUACCCCGAAUCCCCCACGCUGUACAGUUAAGUCCGACGGUCCGAAGUGCUAACGCCAGCUCACCGAUGCAAUAAUUUAGCUAUUAAUAUCAGUAUUACGCCGGCGCGGACGCCGCACGGACGUUUCGAAUCGACGCUGCCAUCGCUCUAGUUAUAUUAUAGCUAACGUGCGUGUAUAAAAUCAUAUUUUUAAAAUAACGAGGAUGUUUCGUAUUUGAUUUUGAACAUGUACGGUCGCGGCGUGCUCGCUCCACCGGUGUACUUGAGCAUAAGUUAUAUUGUUAACUAGUGUGUUUAAUUAUUCGAUUGUUUUGAAAAUAUUUUAUUAUUAUACGCGCGCGUCGUACCGCGCGCGUCUGUUGAACAAAUAAAAAUAUUGUCUAAUUAUUAAUUUUAGAUUUAAGCGCAAGGACGAGCGAAUGGACGUGUGUUUUUUGAAAAUAAAAGUUUUCGCAUACCAUCGUGUCAUCUCUUACACGGAAUGAAAUGUUUUAUAUUGCUUUUGUCAAAGACAUGUUGUGGGGGGCGGGGGGCGGGCGCGGGCUGCGCCUCAUCCUUUUGUAUAAAGUUGUUUCAUUUGUAGCGAGCAUCAUGUUGGCACGACCGAGUGAUUCCCGGGCCCGCCGCGCGCCGCCACCUUAUAUACUUGAACUAAAUUAUUGAAGUAUUAGUUAAGUUGUUUGUUAUAAAUUUCAAUAACUUUUUUGUUUUUACAACCUUUUUCCCCUAAGUCUAAGUAUACAUUUAAGUCAUAUCUCGAAGCGUAGACGCAUCAACUGAAAAGUUUCUAUACAAGAACCGGGAACGGCGCAUUCUUGUGUAAAAACCGACGUAGUCCACUUUAAACAUCUUCAAAGUGUUUAAAAUAGAAAUAAACAUUAAAUUGUAUAGCUGAAGGUACAUAUUUAUUUGUAAUGCUAGUCUCUUAUGAAAACAAAAUACUAAUUAUUCAAUUAUUAUAAUGUACUUAUUGAUUAUUGAUAAAUACUUCAAGUUUAUUAAACAAGAUAUAUGUAACGAAUUGAUUUUGGAAUUUUUUCUCUAUGAGCAAUAGGUCGGCGCGUGCGUUCGUCAGCGCGCGCGUGCGUUAAUGCGUGUCGUACGUUACUGCGUGUGACGGACGCGUGCGCACGUCGACGCGCGCGCCGCACAGACAUAGGCGACGUAGGAUCGCAGCAGUGGCAUUUUCAACUUAUAACGUAAGACAUGUACUUAAUCGACUUAGUGAAGGGUUGAAUGAGCCGCACGGAGCGGACCACCGCUCGCCGCCCACUUGUUUUUAGUAAUAAAUAAAAAUCAAAACGAUCUAGCGAAUCGGCGAUGUUCAAUUUUGUAUAGAACGUUUCAUAGUAGCGGUAUUGGAAGUUGUUACGUUUUAUUUGCGAUGUCGUCCGUCAACGCGAGCCAUGUCUCCGGCAGCGACCCGACGGAGCGGCGGACGAGUGACGCGACAACUAAUAAAACUAUUAAACAAUCUUGUAAGUAAUUAAGUAUUAGCUUCGAAUCAAUAAAGCCUUUUUAAAAAUUAGUUAAAAAAUGAAACUAUUGAAACUUCACAUGUUUAAAUAAAUACUAAUAUAAGUUAUGAUUUCGAUGAAUUAGAGAGGUCAUGGUAUCGUUUUGUGUAUAUUACUAUUUGGUUGAUAUUCGUUACAGUCCCCAUGAAAGACAUAUACUAGGCGUAGCACGCGGCUCCGGCCGCGCUACCUAACCAAUUGUUUUGACUCGACUGUCUGCCACUAACCAUUUUAGGUAUAUAAGUCCCAUUGUUGUAUUUUUCGUCUCACAAUAAAUGAAAAUCUAUUUUAUUGUUUUUAAA